CGUCCCGAAUGCGAAACUGUUUCGACUCCACCAAAGCGAUACAGACGGCGAUGGUGAGCAGUCUGGCAAAUAGUGGCCAACCGACACAACUCGUACACGAUGGCAUUGCCGGGCGUGAUGUGCUCUGGGACAGGUUCUUCGAAGUACUGAUCGUAGCGUUCAAAUAAGAACAUCGGUUCAUUUAUUUUUUCGGCUUCCCCUGCACUGUUCUGCCCCGUCCGAGCGAGUUCUUAGUGUUUGGCGUUCUAGCGGAAUUUGUUCUCCUUUCGGGUUAAUUCGGUUAAAGAUCCAGUUUGAGACGAAAAAACGAAAUUGCCCAAAGCAAGUGAGGAAAAAAAAUUGCAGUUCAGAAGUUGCAACAGAAAGGAAAGAGAACAUUCUACCGCAUCGCUCCUUACGAAAUACGAGCACUCUGAAGGAGCCUUGGAAUGGGUCCCGAUCCUGUCCCACUUACCAGAACUGAUGCGGACGUGGUGCAGGUAAGUUUGUGGUGUGGUUUUGCUCAAUAAAAGAGAUUGUAAAUCUUCCGCUAAGGAGGAGCUCAGCAGUUGUGAAGCAGGAGCUGCGGUAUAAAAUGAAGUGUGACGUGUCAAUUUCACUGCUGUAUCUUGUGUUCGCCCUAAUACGUCCUGGAUGUUGUGAGGGCAUAGAAAAAGUGUCCUAUCUUCUACAGUACGGACCCGGUGUGCAUACCGUGUUCGAGCAGGAAAACACCCCCGACAAGGUUACCGUGAACGUUAAAGAUAGAGUAGCGUCAUCCACCACGGUACAGCCGUCGACCUUAACCUCGACGUCCAGUGUAUCACAGCAAGUGUCCGAGCGUACCGUCUCGGGAUUGUCAGUGUCAACUCUGGCAGUGACUCACUCACCAUCCAAUACUCCCACCGAAAAGCUUCAUCCAAGCACACCUGUUACGGAUACCGUUCCCAGCACGCCCGUGACUCCCGGGUCGAAUCCAACCGAAAAGAAAGGUGACACAAGCUCUACGACAUUCUCCAACAAUUCCAUGCUCCCGCAACCUUCAACCCUCAGCAUCACUAGCCAAGAGAAGAAACGCCCUACCGGAUCAAUGGCCGAAGGACCGGAUGAGCGGCAACGAAUUCAGGCGACCUCCGCCGCUCCAUGCCACACCCCUGUAUCCGUCCUUCAGAAGCUUCAUCCCUUACCGUUACCACCGGCCCUGCCCACCUUCGGUGCGAUCCUCCGCUCGGACGUGAUGGUGAACCUGAAGCCCAAGGAGCUGCGCACACUAAUGAGCACGUACAUUGGGCUGGUCGAGGCGUACAAGAGCUUUAACCAGCAGCAGAAGCGCAAUAUCGCCCACCUGGAGGAGGAACUGGCACGCCACGAGCUUAUCAAGGCACGGGCCGAUCGGUUGCGAAACACAAAGGUUGAAAUAUUAAACAAGUAGCCCAUCCUCCCUGCCGA